CUACAUUGAAACAGACGCGUUAAGGACUGAAAACGAUUCUUUGAAGCACUGCAGCGGAGAGCACAGGCACGGAAGCUCCCGACACAGGGAGACCUUACUUGCUGCGGUAUACACGAAGAGCUUCUCCUGUCUUCGGAACGUUCCAUACCAACUUUAAUGAGAGACUGUUCGCAGUGAGACCAACAAGAACAUCGGAGAAGCCCGAAACAGUUUUGUCCGCACCCGCAGGACUAACCGUCUACAAACAUGAAACUUUGGGGAACCUUAAUUGCUUUCUUUAUUUGCCUUCAUCAACAUUACGGAAAUUCCGCCGAGAUAGAAGAAAAUGCCGCUGCUCAGAGUGACAGUCCCAUGGUUCGGUCUACUAGAGGCGGUCUAAACAUGCUCAGACUAGGGCGCGCCGGCAAAUUCAGGACGCGAGGAGUGCGCAUGCUCCGACUGGGAAAGCGUUCCGACCCACUGGACCACCUCACAUACGACGACUUAAAAGAAAUUUUGUAUUCGCUUUACGACCAAGAGAAGCACCCCAUGGUGAGGCAGCCUCCUCUGCCCCGAUACGGCCGUGAAUUGGAAGGUUUGGACGAUUACGACGUUGCUAAACGGAUGAGUCCCGACAUGGCCCUGCAGCUGUUGGAAGCCGAAGCCUAUGGCUCCCACAUGAGGCCCACACCAAGACUCGGACGCUUCAAGAGGUCCUCAGACAGCUCCGAAAACGACAUCGCGUCCGAAGUUUCCCAAGACGGUGAACGCGCCGUUCCUAUCCCACGAUUUGGCCGUCUCACUGAUGGAGAAGACAAAGACGCAUCAUCAGAUGAAGACAAAGACGGAGGAGAAAGAGCUGUGCCAAUGCCCAGAAUCGGCCGCGAAAAUGAAGAAGAGGCAGUUUUAGAUAAAGACAAAAGAGGACUUGCUAUGCUGAGACUUGGCCGCAGUAUGAAAAUGUUAAGACUGGGCAAGAGAGAUCCCGCCGAGUUUGAGGACCCCGAAGACAAGAGGUCCCUUGCCCUGCUCCGCCUUGGAAAACGAGGAAUGAGGAUGCUGCGUUUGGGAAAGCGCGAGCCCGAAACCGGCGAAGAAGACAAAAGAUCUUUGAAACUGUUGCGGCUUGGAAAACGUGAAGACUCCGAACAUCAGAUAGAUACUCGAGCUUUGAGCAUGCUUCGGUUAGGCCGCAGUCAGGCCGAUGAUAAAAGGUCAUUAAAGCUUCUGCGUCUGGGUUGAGAGAGAUAACGUCGAGCUUAGUCUCAGAUCCAGCUACAAGUAUCUCUGUAUGGCUUAAAGGACAACGCACGAAAGAAAGUUAAUUUCUCGAAAAAAAAGUUUCACCGAAAAAUACAAACCAUGACACAUUGUUCCAUUGAUCUGUCUUCUGAGUGAUGGUGGAUGCAAGCGCCCGGAGAUCAGGUCAAAGAUACACUGUAUAGGGCUAUAACGAAAACAAACUCAAACUAGCAAAAUAUUCUCAAGUUUUCCAUGUUUAUUUCAUGACCCUGUUGGCCGUCUAUAUGUGAAUAUUUCUGAAGCACAUAAAUGCUGUGAUGACGUAACUACACGUCUUGAUGACGUCAUUUAUUUGUGAAAACUACUUAAUGUUGAGUUAAAAAUCGUUUCGGUUUGUCAUGUUCGAAGUUUGAAAAUACAAACGAAUUGUUUUCUUUUGUUUCGAAUUUAAAUAAAUAAUAUAUUUUGGAAAGACCUGCACUUCUAUACAUUACAAUUGUCUUUACACUGAAAGGGACUCGUGAAGAUUGCUUGUAAAUAACUAUUUGUGAACGAUAUAGCUUAAUAACUCCUUAUUAAAUACGCGAUAAAGUGAAAUUCUUUAAUCUCGACAUGUCCGGCUCUCUCCGCUCUGGAGAUAUUCUGUGGCAAGAAUAUAUUUAGAAAAGAGUUUAUUUAGGAAUUUAUGGUUGUAGUAUCCCGGUUUGUUUAAACGGCGAACGGACUGUGGUUGCAGCCAAUGAUGGACACCCUUACAAAUACUCCUUGAAUUCAAAUAAAAUGUCGCUGCGAUUUUGUUCCACAACGGUUCCUCGAAUAGCAAUAUGAAAUUAAAAGUCCCAUUAAAACCAUUACUGCUUUGAUUUUUGUGGCUCUUAUUCUGAAUAAACUACUGGAAAUUCAUCAUAUUUGUGAUAAAGA